AAAGAGAUAACUAUACUAUACAUAACUUAUAAUAUAAUGUCUAGACAACUAUUGCGCAAUGUCUUGAACAUCAGACUCGCUUCGUCAUCAGUGAUGCGAUCUGCCUCCAACAACUCGAUCAAGAUGAUGAUGUCCAGCGGUAUGACUUUGUCAUCGUACUCGGCGACUCCACUCUUCCAGCAGCAACUGUUCAGAGAUUCAUCAGUGAUGUACAACAACAACUCUGUUCGCAACUACUCCAGCGCCAUCCAGUUCAAGCUGGCAGAUAUUGGUGAGGGUAUUGCCGAGUGUGAGGUCCUCAAGUGGCACUUCAAGGUCGGCGACUCUAUCAAGGAGUUUGAUGCUCUGUGCGAGGUGCAAUCUGACAAGGCUACUGUAGAGAUUACAAGCAGAUACGAUGGUGUUCUCACCAAACUCUAUUACAAUGUUGGUGAUAUGGCCAAGGUAGGCUCACCACUAUGUGAUAUCACACCAGAGGGUUCAGAUGCCGUAGCCGCACCAGCACCAGCUGCCGCUGCUGCUAAGCCUGCCGCAGCACCAACUGCUGCAGCCUCCGCCUGCCCAUUGGAUUCGACCAACGAUGGCGACCACGAAUAUAACGAGAUCAUCGUCGAUGGUAAGACUUUCAAGGUGCUGGCCACACCAGCCGUGAGACACUUGGCCAAGGUGAACAAUGUCAAGCUGUCCAGCGUCAGAGGAUCAGGCAAGGAUGGUCGUGUAUUAAAGGAGAACCUCUUGGACUUUAUCAAUGGAAAGCAACAACCUGUACAACAGCAACAACAAAAGCCUGCUGCUGCUGCUGCUGCCCCAGCAGCCGCUGCCGCCACAGCCACCACACCAGUGUCACAGACAGAGCGCGAGAGACGUGUACCAAUCACUGGAAUCAAGAAGGUGAUGGUCAAGACUAUGAACGCCGCAGCCUUGGUGCCACACUUUGGUUACUGCGACGAAUACACAAUGGACGCACUCAUGGCCUUGAGGAAACAACUCAAGUCUGUUGCAUCUAACCGUGGCAUCAAGCUCAGCUAUCUCCCAUUCCUUAUCAAGGCCACCUCUUUGGCCCUUCUCAAGUAUCCAGUGCUCAACUCUAGCAUGUCCCCUAACGAGACUGAGAUCAUUUAUAAGAACUACCACAACAUUGGAGUGGCAAUGGAUACUCCACAAGGACUAUUGGUUCCAAAUAUUAAGGACGUACAGAAUAAGUCGAUAUUCGAGAUUGCACAAGAGUUGAACAGGUUACAAAAGGUCGGAUUGGCGGGUCAGCUGACACCAGCUGAUAUGUCGGGCGGCACGUUCUCCCUUUCCAACAUUGGCACGAUUGGUGGCACUUACGCCUCACCCGUCCUGCUGUUGCCCGAGGUGGCCAUCGGUGCCAUUGGCAAGAUCCAGAAGGUGCCCAGAUACGACGACGACGACAACAUCGUCCCAGUCAACGUAAUGCAGAUCAGUUGGUCGGCCGAUCACCGUGUGAUCGAUGGUGCCACCAUGGCCAACUUCUCCAACCUCCUCAAGGCCUACAUCGAGACUCCAAACACCAUGCUCCUUGAUACCAAGUAA